AGGGAAAAGUCUUCCAAGCUCACGCAGGCAGGGCAGGAGAUCGAAAUGGCGGCGCCAGCAGAGAGGAUGGAGGUUUCUCAGGGGGAGAGCUCAGCCAAGCCUGCAGCUGAGGAUAUGACAUCAAAGGAUUACUACUUUGACUCAUACGCCCACUUUGGCAUCCAUGAGGAGAUGCUGAAAGAUGAAGUUCGCACUCUGACCUACCGCAAUUCCAUGUUCCACAACAAGCAUUUGUUUAAGGACAAGGUGGUGCUGGACGUGGGCAGCGGGACAGGCAUCCUCUGCAUGUUCGCUGCCAAAGCUGGAGCCAAGAAGGUUAUAGGGAUAGAGUGCAGCAGCAUCUCGGACUACGCUGUGAAAAUUGUCAAGGCCAACAAGCUCGAUGAUGUUGUUACCAUCAUCAAGGGCAAGGUGGAAGAGGUGGAGCUGCCUGUGGAGGGAGUAGACAUCAUCAUAUCUGAGUGGAUGGGCUACUGUCUCUUCUAUGAGUCCAUGCUCAACACAGUCAUUUAUGCCAGGGACAAGUGGCUGAAACCAGAUGGACUCAUUUUUCCAGACAGGGCAACCCUUUAUGUCACUGCCAUCGAAGACAGGCAGUACAAGGACUACAAAAUCCACUGGUGGGAGAACGUGUAUGGUUUUGAUAUGUCAUGCAUCAAGGAGGUGGCAAUUAAGGAACCCCUGGUUGAUGUGGUGGAUCCCAAGCAGCUGGUCAGCAGUGCAUGUCUCAUCAAGGAGGUGGACAUCUACACAGUGAAGCUGGAGGACCUGUCCUUCACCUCACCAUUCUGCCUGCAGGUGAAGCGGAACGACUACAUCCACGCUCUGGUCACCUACUUUAACAUCGAGUUCACUCGCUGUCACAAGAGGACCGGCUUCUCCACAAGCCCAGAGUCUCCCUACACCCACUGGAAGCAGACUGUCUUCUACCUGGACGAUUACCUGACUGUCAAGACCGGUGAGGAGAUAUUUGGCACCAUCAGUAUGAAGCCAAAUGUCAAGAACAACAGAGACCUGGACUUCACCGUAGACAUCGACUUCAAGGGUCAGCUGUGUGAGAUGUCGAAGACGUCAGAGUACAGGAUGCGUUAGGUGUCUCUCCCUCCCUGUCUUAGUUUGUGUCUUUAGUAGAGGACAGAUUAUACUGUUUGACCGGGAGUCUGUACAAUAGUUUGAUGCUCCCCUGCAGCAACAUUUUAAGACUAUUUUGUUUUUCUUUUGUCAUUUUCUUGUUGGAAUGUUAACAGUAUUUAAAAGGUUUUCACAUUCUUGGGCUCAAAGUGCAUUGGCGUGGUGAUUCAUUGUGAUGUAGUCACUCAACAAAACCUGUUUGACGUGCCUGGUUGUGUCCAACAUUUCCUUGGGUUUUGCUUUUGGGUUUUUGUCCUGUGCAUGUGCAAAAUCCAUAUAAACAUCAACGCAAUGGCCCUGUUGACAUGUCUGCAUAGUAUUACUGUUCCAUCACUUUGGCCCUGUGUAUGGUCAUUACAUGACCCAGCUACUGGUCUCUCCUUAUUUUUGAUUAUGUUGAAGCUGUAGGUAUGUGGGUCUUGGAUUUCUGUAUACUCAAGAAAUCCUGCGUCCUACACUUGUGUACCAGUUAAUAAAAACUAUAUGUAACUGUCAUGAAAGCUGUCCACCAAACGCACCAUGUUCAGACCAAAAAUAACCACAAAAUGGUUGUUGUGAAUGUGGUGCUCCAGUUUCAAGGAAGUAGACUUAGGCAAAACAGGUUGUGAUCUGAAGUUACAACAGCAGUCUCUUGGGGGUUGAGUUACCAAGUAGAAUUAGUAAAAUAAUGGAGAUGACUGCAGUAAGUGAUACCCAGUGUCCCAGUGCCAUACUACAUACUCAAUCUUCACAAUAUGUACUGCAUACUCAUUAUAGUCUGCUGUCUUAGUACGUAGUAUACAUACAACAUACACAACAUACAAACUAGAACUUUGGAAAGCUACUGCCAGUUAAACUUUGCAAAUGUGUAAUACUUGAUUGGUUUUUCCAAGAUUGUUGAGCUGUCUCACCACCACCCACAAAUUUAUUGUAAUGUUUUUCAGCUCUGAGCUGCUCAUCCGUUUGCGUUGUGGGAGAAUAAUACCAACCAGAACCAACGGCACUUUCAAAAAUAACAAUUUAGGCUGAAUACUGUCUGUCGACUCAAUUUAAUUGUGUUGUGAACUCACAACAUACUACAAACCUGUUUAAUAUCAGUAUGGAUCUGGGACACUGUGUAUUAGAUGCUGCAUACCGGCAACUGUCUCUUACUGGGCUGGUGUGAUAGCUGGGUUGCAGCAUUUGAAAUGCACAAACUAUCCUCUUAUUUGGGGUUUAACCAUUCAUACCCAUAAGCAUCUUUAGUGUUAAUUACUGCUGUACCUGAAGAAAAAAGAUGGACUGAUGGGACCAGAUCUUGAGGCCUGGUUCCAGCUGGCUCCACAGCUGUCGGGUGUCCUGGAGCCUUCAUACAAUGUGUACGUGUGUCUGAGGUUGCUUGAAUAAAUCUGAACAGUAGUAACCGUGUUGGCACUCUGCAGAAACAGCUCUGACACUUGAUUUUUCUCUUUUGUAUUUGUUUUUUUUUUUUUUGUUGGCUGCUUUUUCUUUUUCUUUUUUUUUUUAAAUAAAAUUAAUAAACUGUAAAUGUAACUUUA